AUGCCUUCCUAUUCUUCCUGGGAAAACCCUGAUGAAUUCGCUUUCAUGCAAUCCUGUACUCCACCUGAAAAGACUAAUAAUCAUGCUCUUUCUUCCACUUCUUUAGUUAAAUUCUUGAGGGAGAAUCUUUGUAAUAGAUCAGAACUUCCUUUGCAACCGCCCCUUACGGAAAAACGAACUGUUUUUACUCGUUUUACACCAGAUUAUAAUACAACAUCAUCUGACGCUACCGAAAGGGAGGGUAAGGUCAAUGAUAACUACACACAAACGAUUAAAAACUCCAUGCCGAAGUUUGCUAUGGAAAACACGCAAUCGACUUAUUACGGCCCACAGAAUCAAUAUUUCAGCUCUAAUGGAGCUCGCUUUGUUGAUGGAAGGGGGCUUAACUAUAAAAAGGGUGAAACUAACGCGGAUUCGCUUGUUGAUUAUGAUAUUUCAACAUCUUUUUGUCAGCUCACACCAUGCACGACGCAUUUUAAUACUUCCUUAGCAGGUGGAGAGGCAUCCAUUACUACGCACAACCCACCGGCAUCAUUAUUUACAUUUACAGAAGCUUGCGUUGUCAAAAAGGAAUAUCACAAAUAUGAAAAGAUGGAUAAAGAUAAUAAAUACAACAUCCAUGACGGAGGAUGCUUUCCUACGACAUUCUCUUUUCAAAUAGAUAGAAAUCUCGCGCAAGAUUUUCAGGAGGCUGUGUGUGGUUAUGCAAUAGAAGAGGAGGAAAAAGAACCUGAACAGUUUUUUACCACAAAACAAAUAUCAUCCCCUUCUCUGUGUGUUUCCGAAGGUGAUUUUUUGUUAUUAUCACAAAAAGGAGGAGGGAAAGGAGAACGCCCGAGGGAAGGUGAAAAUGCUUUUGAGCCCGCCUGGUUUCACAACGCCUCGGAGGGUUAUUACUGCCAUUCUAACUCGCGUUACCUAUCUUCUUUGAGGGAGAAUGAAAAUUCUUUUAUUUUGAAGAAUUAUGAAGCGAAUGACAUUUCUCACAUUUCGUUACCGCGUUGCUCGGGUGAGGUUCUUCAGUCGCAAGGCGAUGUUGAAGAAAACGAAAAGAAGAAGAGAGAAAGGGAAGGGAGUGUGAAUUCCGCCUGCGUUGAUACGAUGAGCGCCACACUGCGAUUUUCAGCGGCUGGCGAUGGUGAGGCCCCUUCAAAACCCCCCGAAUCGAUAUCCCGCUCUUCCUCAUUUUCUUCCUCCUCCUUGUUAUUAUUGCCGUAUACUCCACCGGAUAAAAUUAUUCACCGCGGCAGCUCCACAAUGGAGGAAAUAUCGUGGAUGAAGCAGCCGACGAAGCCGAGAAAAGCGCGACGAUCUACUAGCAAGAGUACUGAUCAAUAUUAUCGACACUUUGAGGAAGAAAAUAAUUUGUCAACGUAUAAAUCACCAACUCGAUGUGUUUUAUUUACGGAAAAGGAAGAAUAUGUGUUAUAA